AUGAUCGUGGGCUCAACCACGGGUGCUCAACCACAGGUGCUCAACCACAGGUGCUCAACCACAGGUGCUCAACCACAGGUGCUCAACCACAGGUGCUCAACCACAGGUGCUCAACCACAGGUGCUCAACCACAGGUGCUCAACCACAGGUGCUCAACCACAGGUGCUCAACCACAGGUGCUCAACCACAGGUGCUCAACCACAGGUGCUCAACCACAGGUGCUCAACCACAGGUGCUCAACCACAGGUGCUCAACCACAGGUGCUCAACCACAGGUGCUCAACCACAGGUGCUCAACCACAGGUGCUCAACCACAGGUGCUCAACCACAGGUGCUCAACCACAGGUGCUCAACCACAGGUGCUCAACCACAGGUGCUCAACCACAGGUGCUCAACCACAGGUGCUCAACCACAGGUGCUCAACCACAGGUGCUCAACCACAGGUGCUCAACCACAGGUGCUCAACCACAGGUGCUCAACCACAGGUGCUCAACCACAGGUGCUCAACCACAGGUGCUCAACCACAGGUGCUCAACCACAGGUGCUCAACCACAGGUGCUCAACCACAGGUGCUCAACCACAGGUGCUCAACCACAGGUGCUCAACCACAGGUGCUCAACCACAGGUGCUCAACCACAGGUGCUCAACCACAGGUGCUCAACCACAGGUGCUCAACCACAGGUGCUCAACCACAGGUGCUCAACCACAGGUGCUCAACCACAGGUGCUCAACCACAGGUGCUCAACCACAGGUGCUCAACCACAGGUGCUCAACCACAGGUGCUCAACCACAGGUGCUCAACCACAGGUGCUCAACCACAGGUGCUCAACCACAGGUGCUCAACCACAGGUGCUCAACCACAGGUGCUCAACCACAGGUGCUCAACCACAGGUGCUCAACCACAGGUGCUCAACCACAGGUGCUCAACCACAGGUGCUCAACCACAGGUGCUCAACCACAUGAAAAAAUUUGGAAGUCAGGAGAUGUUUAA